UAACCAUAUAAGGCUCGUCUUCCGCUCGUUGCUGCUACUCGUUAUGAUACAGUGGAGAUGGCAGACACCCUGAGCAAAGUUCCCGACGUGGAGAUUGAUCCUGAGGGAAAGUUUAAAUACAUUUUAGUGAACAUAAAAGUUAAAGGUGGGACGGAUCAUAAAGUGAUAGUGAGGGGAACUAAGAGUGCGGAGUAUCACAAUCACAUAUUUGAAAAAGUGAAUCCUGCUAUGGAGGCUUUGGGACUGGAGUGUAGUUGUCUUGGAGGAGGCAAGAUUGAGCACAACAACAAAGACAAGAAACUGCGUGUUUUUGGGGAAUCAACGGGUUAUGGAAAGGCUGACCAUGGUGUCACAGUGGAGAAACUAAAAUCUGUUUACAAAGACUAUGAAAUCACUAUGGAAUAAAAAAGUUUGAAAAUUGAAUAACAUUACAAUUUAAUUCACACUUUAUAUUAGUGAAUGUAGUGAUUGAAAUAAACAAACCCUUUGUCAGCA